ACUGAGUCAAGCUCGAGCUCGGGUAACCAUUUAUAGCAUUCCAUGCCAAUUCCUUAAACCAAACACAGAAACAUCAAAAAUGGAGAAUGAGACACGAGUCACAAACCUUGUGACAGUUUUAGAGCACGCAACCGUCAUGGCAAAGCAGCUUCCAUCAACCACCGACUCUGCAACUAUUUACGCCUCCCUCCACGCCGCUCACCGCCACCUCUCUCUCUUCCUCGCUCACACCACACAAUCACCACCACCACAACAACAACUACAAGCGGAUAGUAUCGAUGAGGAUGAACCGAUGCGAAUUGCCGAUGAGGAGGAUUCGAAGAUUGAAACGAUGGAGGAGCGAUUGAAAGAUAUCUCGAUUCAGCAGCGCAAUAACAAGCGGUUGAAACGAUCGUUAUCGUCGGCGUCGUUAGAUUGCCAAAUUGAAUCUGCUAGGGCUCGGUUUGAUUACGAUCCUCAUGUAGCCAGAUUGAGAGCUUUAGAUCUGAUUUUUCAGUUUCAUUGUUGAAUUCGAAACGUUGUUUUAGAUCUGGAUUUACUAUCAAUUUUACAGUUAUCAGUUUUAUCCUUGAA